UAUGUAUUAUUUUGAACAUCAUGAUUGAGAGAAAAAUAUCACGAGAAUCUCUGAACCAGACAGUUUCUGUGAUCUUCUUUAGAGAAAUCUUCUUUUCUCCCUGGAGGGAUCUCUCGGAGCUAAGAACAAUCUCACUCUCUUCUCUGUCUCUCUCUUUGUGCUGGUGAAUUUAGAUGGCUGGAGUUGUGAGAUUAUCAACGACGUCGGUUCAGGCCAUCCGCGUCUCUUCCUCCUUUGCGACCACUCUCAACUCUCUGAAACCUUGCUUACCUCCGAAUCUGAAUUCCGACAAGAGAUUGCGUGUUCUAUCGUCUUCUCCCUCGUGCUCGUCUUCUCAUUACCCGUCUUCUGGUCUCGGAAGCCACAUCCCUCUUAAACGAUCCAAGAGCAAGUUGGUUCGCGUCAAGGUAGAUGAGACUGUGGCCGAGACGGAGCCACCGAAAUGGUGGGAGAGGAAUGCUGGACCGAACAUGGUCGACAUUCAUUCCACCGAAGAGUUCUUGAAGGCUUUGAGCGAAGCGGGGGAAAGACUAGUCAUUGUAGAGUUUUAUGGAACUUGGUGUGCUUCUUGCAGAGCAUUGUUCCCAAAGCUUUGCAAGACAGCGGUGGAACAUCCAGAUAUAUUGUUUCUCAAAGUAAACUUUGAUGAGAAUAAACCAAUGUGCAAGAGUUUAAACGUGAAAGUGCUUCCUUAUUUCCACUUUUACCGUGGAGCUGAUGGCCAGCUCGAGUCCUUCUCAUGUUCUCUUGCCAAGUUCCAAAAGAUAAAAGAUGCCAUCCGACUGCACAAUACAGAUCGUUGCAGCAUCGGUCCAGCCAAGGGACCUGAAGGGUUCACAUUGGAAUCUUUAUCCGUGCAGACGAAUGCAGCCAAACCAGCUGGAUCAAGUUGAAUUGCCAUAUUUUUAGAUUUAUUACCGCAACAAUCUUUGGUUGCUCAAGCAAACACUGAGCUUAAUAUUCUGUAUAUCUGUCAUUUUAUCUGUAUAAAAGAAUCCUUCCUGAAGCAUGUUAUGAUACUUUUGUGAAUAGGCAAAUUGCAAAUUUAUUUUAACUAACUGCUACCAACGCAAAGCUUAUUGAUGUAUGAUGCAUGUGUGAGGUUUAAUAUAUUUGCAUAAUUUUGGGUUA